CAUACCGCGCGAUAUAUUUUACGCAGCGGCAUAUAGAUGACUUGCGCAAUUGUCAGAUAUAAGCUCCAAGUUCAAAGUACUCGUGUCCUUAACAACGGUCAAGAUAAAUAUGACAGCUACAACUGACAUUAACCGAGAUUUAAACACUCGCUCAUGAAUAAUGAGUUGUAGUAUUAAUACAGAUGACCUAAGUGAUGAAAGUCUUUAUGAAAUAAACAUCUGGUUGGAGCAAAUAAAUUUCUCACGCCCGCGAAAAAAUAACGCGAGGGAUUUUUUUAAAUCGCGGGAGGUAAACAUUUCCGAGUUGUUAAAAAAAUAUCCAAGAUACGUUGAACUCCAUAAUUACUGCCACGGCAAUAGUCUGGCUAAGAAGAUUGAUAAUUAGAGGACAUUAAAUAGAAAAGUCUUAUCUAAAGUAAAUCUUAAGCUCAAUGAUAAAACAAUAAACUUAAUAUCUACGUGUCAAGAUAAAGCCAUAGGAAAUAUUUUUUUUGAGUUAAAAAUAGAAUAAUUAAAGACUAAUGACGAACGUGCGUCAUUGUACUCAAUUGAUGACCGGGACAUUGACAGAGUAAAUUCGAUCUUGGAUUUCGACGAAGUUCAAAACAAGUCAAUUUUGCGUCUCAAUUAAGAAUUGCAAGACAAGAAUGAACUUAUUGAAAUUCUUAAUAAAUAGAUCGCCCACCUGCAGCUCGAGUUGAAGGACCGAAAAAUAAACGAUCUCUCGGCGCGAAUGACGAAAUUAAAUUUUUUCUUGGGAAAUAAAAUCCGUUGA